UAAUACUUUCAACACUACUAUAUAACAAAUAAUUUGAGGUAUGGAAUGAUGGAUAGUGAUCAUGAUAUCAAGACGGGAUAUACCUGUAGGACUGUUCACUAUAGUAGUUACAGUUAUAGUGCUGUGUGCUAUUACUGCUUAUAGGAACUGUUUUGAUGGAACCCUCCAACCCUUCACUAAUCAGGAAAUCAGAGCUGAGAUAGAAGUAAAAGACAGCACCCUGGAGCAGGCACUAAAAGAUCACCAAUCUUCUGAGAAUGUGCCAGUUUCAAAUUCAAAGACAAAACUUGUCAUUAUUGCUACGGAGAGCAGGUCCGGCUCCACCUGGCUGGGGACCAUAUUUCAGAUGAUACCUGAUCUGAUGUACGUGUUCGAGCCCCUAGAUGCUCGACAUGCUAGUGGCAUGGGAUAUCCGCAUGCACAGCACGAUCCAUUUGAUAACAGGCAGCUGUCAGAAGACUCAAAGUUGAAAGUAUUGUCUAGUCUGUGCACGUGCAAAUUUCAGACAAUACAAGCCUUUGGAAAGGCGCCAGUAACGGUGGAGCAGUCAAGUCAUACAGAGUACAAUCUCCACAAGGAGGUGCUCAAGGGUAGGAACCACAUGGAGACGUUUUGUUCCGAAUUUUCUGUGGUCAUGCCGAAAUGUAUCAGAUUAACGGACCUGUCCAUCCUUAAACGGUUACCUGAGUUCGGCUGCUCUAACUUCCAGGUUGUACAUUUGAUACGAGAUCCCAGAGCUGUUCUAAGAUCCAGAAUGGUUACUUUUCACGAGCUCUACAGUGGCAACGGACAAAAAACAGCCGUAAAUGACUCCCAGGAAAUGAGUGAGGAGAUGAUUUACGAAGCAGCGGUUGCCUUGUGUACUAACGGCGUGAAGAACGGGGCUACAGCCAAAGAGCCAUGGUUACAAGAAAGAUACAUAAGAAUACGAUACCAAGAUAUGGUUGAUAAACCCUACGAUAAAGUGGAAGAGUUGUAUAACUUUGUGAACAAGCCGGUCACAGAGAGAGUUACAAACUUUGUGGACACUUCAAUGACAGGACAUUCCGUCGGGUCUAACUUUGGUGUUAUUAAAGAUUCUAAAGCAGUUGCGGAGAAAUGGCGCACUAUGGACGGGGACAAGAUUGCAAUCAUUGAAAAAGCCUGCAGCGAAUUUCUCAAAACAUUUGACUACGAAUUAUUUGACGGGAACACAUAAUCUACCCAUCUUAUUCUUACCAGACAACUUUUAUAAUUUAUUAAAGGGGUAAUAAGAGCAGAAUGAUAAACAGGUUUUUACAAUUUAUAUUUACCAAAUUCUCCAGUAACAGGAGUAUAAUGAGAAAUUAUGAAUUAAUUAAUUGAAACUAUGGUUAAAUUUUUGCUUGAAUUAUUUUGUUUGAAAUGUAAAUUAUAUAGAUAUUAAUGCAGUUCUUAAUAUAAGAAAGAAGAAUGUUGACAAAAGCAUGAUUACAAACACUCGGAAAUUGAGAUCAGAUUUGUAUUGUUUAUUUGCUAUACUGAUACAA